GCGGCUAAAUUUUCCUCUAAGCUUGGCAAGGGCAAGGUGGCAGUGAUAGAAACCAGCAGAUAUGCACUACUAUCAGCCAAUGUGGACUCUUGUUGGGGGAGGUAUGAAGACGCUGGAGAAUUCAGGGAAGCCCAUGAGCCAAGUUCUCCCUAAAAAAGCUGACUGGAUUAAGCAGCGUGUUGUCAGCUUCGAUCCAGCUAACAAUAAAGUGAUGACUGACGAUGGACAAGAAAUAAAUUACCAAUACCUCGUGGUGGCCCUUGUGCAGCUGAAUUUCAGCAAGUAGAUCAAGGGUCUGCCAGAGGCCUUCGAGACACCUGGCGUCGGCUCAAACUACUCGCCGCUUUAUGUGAACAACACCUUCGAGAGUCUUAAGAACUUCAAGCAAGGCAAUGCUAUCUUUACAUUCCCAGCCACUCCUAUCAAGUGUGCAGGAGCUCCCCAGAAGAUCAUGUAUAUUGCCGAUGAGUACUUGCGCAAGAACGGCAAAAGAGACAAGGCUAACAUUAUUUUCAACACCUCCUUAGGAGUGAUCUUUGGUGUGAAGAAAUAUGCUGAAGUUCUGUGGGAGGUUGUGAAAGAGAGAAACCUGACAGUAAACCUUCGUCACAAUUUGAUCGAAGUCAAACCUGACUCAAGGGAAGCCGUCUUCCAGAAUCUUGACAAUCCUGAAGAAUUUAAGACUUUUGAGUAUGAAAUGCUUCAUGUAACACCCCCAAUGAGCACCCCGGAUGUGUUGAACCAAUGUGCUCCAUUAGUGGAUGGAGCCGGGUACCUCAAUGUCAAAAAGGAAACUAUGCAGCAUGUCGAUUUCCCCAAUGUGUUUGGCAUUGGCGAUUGCACUAAUCUUCCAACGUCUAAAACCGCAGCUGCUGUUGCUGGACAAAUUGGAGUUUUACGUAAAAAUUUGAGUGCAGUCAUGGCCGGGAAAAAUCCAAACUCUCACUACGAUGGCUACACCUCAUGCCCUCUUGUCACAGGCUACUCAAAAUGCAUACUGGCAGAAUUUGACUAUGACGGCAAUCCUCUCGAGACUUUCCCCAUCAAUCAGGCAAAGGAACGACGCACUAUGUUUCACCUGAAGAAGGACUUCAUGCCAGAUAUGUACUGGUUAGGUCUGCUCAAUGGGUACUGGGAAGGCCCCAAGUAUUUCCGCAAAGCAAUGCACCUCGGACUGAAGUGAAGAGAUAUGAGUUUACAAACAUGAAAUGUGAGAAGGCUUAUCUUGUCUGAAUUCACAUGAAUAUGUUUUAUUGUAUAUAUCCAGUGUAGAUAAGUACAUUCUCACACGCACGCACACACACACGCACACCACACACACACACACACACACACACACACAUGAAUAAUAGGUGAAUGUAUUAAAAAGAUAGACUCUAAACAUUCAUACUUAAAAAGCUGAAAAUACUUUCAUGUGAAAGUAGACGAGGUCCAACUUAGUCAUAUUAGUCAAUCAGCAGUUUAAUUAGUAAGAUAAGGGUUUGAGGGCCAGAUUUGCAUGUGAUAAUCUGUGAUACUGAUCAGUGUUAUAAUCAUACACUUUAAAAACUUCAAGACAAUGUUUGCCAAACACCAUCACUAUUUGGAUUUGCCUAUUCAGAGAAAAUCAAUUUUUAUUUAUUAUUAUUAUUAUUUUUUUUACUGUAAAACUGUUUAUGAAAUACAUCUUGGAUGAUAAGCACUUGACAAUACUGCAAAGAGAUUUAAGACAAUGACAACACUAUUGUUAACUACUUCAUAGGUAUUUUUCCUGUAUUUAUUUUUUUUACUCUGAUGUGUAUGCCAGGUUAUAUAUAUAUCUAUCUAAAGAAAAUGUAUGUGUACUGUGUAUGCAUAUUUGUUGAUCAUGGAAAUACAGUGCAUGCCAUAUGAGAAAAGUAUGUUUUUCUCACUUCAUAAUGAUAUGUUGAUAAGCAUCAAACUGUUCAUUCAGUAAUUUUAGACUUCCAUGACUAUUAUAUUGAAUAAAGAAUCAUUGCUGUAUCUUUACCUUACACUAGGAUAUUUUAGAAUUCAUUCUAAAUUCUGUCGCAAUAGCACAAAUAUACUGAGAAAGGAUAAUAGUGUUAUCCAAAAGCGGUUCUUUUUGUCGAUUACAGAGUUCAUUGUUAAAAGUUUUUUUGUUGCAGUUUACUUGAAAGUAUAAUGCAUGUUUAUGCAGUAAGCAAUCCCUGAAUAUAGAUAUUUGUAGGGUUAAGUGCAGCUUAUGUUCACUGGACAAUCAAAAUUUUUAAGUGACACAGGGUAUUUGUCUUCUCUACAAUUUCUUAAUGAGGAAUCAUAAGGUCUAAAAUAUAAGAAUUCUUAUGCCUUAGAUUAUAUAGAUAUUAAUAUUUGAUGGUGUUUUAUUAAUUUGUAAUAUUACUGCAAAUUAACCCACUAUUUAUAUACAAAAUAUAUGAAAAAAAUUGAGCGAUAUCUGUAUGUAUGGAAAUUCUGAUAGCUUUAUGGAUAUAUUUUAUGAAACUACACAAAAGAUUACUUCUGUUAUACACAUAUCAGAAUUUAUCAUAAAGUAAAUCACAAUAUAUUUUAAAACAAUAUAUGAUUAAAGUACCUUCUAGAACUUGCAACACCAUGGAAAAGGUACAGAACCACAGAAAUAUGAAUAUCCGAACACACUUCGGAAAAAUGUUUGUAAGAAAGCACAUACUGCUUGCACUUUUUACUUUUCGAAGACUGUUGCAAUUGUAUGGAUUAUCACUCCCAGUAAUGUGUUCCAGCUCCUGUUAGAAGAGAAUCCUGUGAUAAAUAAACGUUAAAAGAGGUAACUUCA